AUGAAGAUUGCAGCUCUCUUCGUCAGUGCCUUUGUGGCAGCGUCUCUGGGCAUGCCCCUGGAGACGGCGGUCGAGCACGAGAAGCGCGUCAAUGGCGCCAGUCUGGUCAAACUCGGUGCUGCCCGGCCUGCCACGACUGUGCCGGUCCGCAUUGCUCUGAACCAGCGCAACCUGGACCAUGGCAUGGACCUCCUCCUAGAGGUGGCCGACCCCGACUCGUCCAAGUACGGCCAGCACUACACCAAGCAGCAGGUCGUUGAUACGUUUGCCCCCGCUCAGGAGUCGAUUGAUACUGUCAAGCAGUGGCUCGUCAAGGCGGGCAUCCCGGAGAGCAGCAUCUCGCUCUCCCAGAACAAGGGCUACCUCGACUUCAAAACCACGGUUGGCAGCCUCGAGUCUCUACUCAGGACCUCGUACCACAUCUUUGAGAACAAGAAAACGUCGUCGCAGCACCUCGGUGCGGAGAGCUACAGCCUGCCUGCCGAUGUUGCCCCUCACGUCGACUUUGUCUGGCCCGCUGUAGCCUCUAGCCAGGUCAAGACUGGCAUUGUCGCUCCUAAGAGCAGCAUCCGGUCGCUGAGUUCCUCUGAGAUUAAAGAAAUCGAGGCCAACCCCAUGACCAACUGCUCCAACUACGUGACGCCGGCAUGCAUCGCCGCCAUGUACAACAUUCCCCCGCCUCCCAAGACCGCCAACCCCAAGAAUGCCCUCGGCGUCUUUGAGAUUGACUACGAAAUGUACAAUCAGUCCGACCUCGAUCUCUUCUACAAGACUGUCGCCAAGGAUAUCCCCAAAGGAACCGGCCCGAAAGUUGAUUUGAUUGAUUUGGCCAGCAACCCCUCGACCGACAAUGCCGUGGGCGAGGCUGCCCUGGACUUUGACAUGGCCAUUCCCAUCAUCUACCCGCAGGAGACUGAGCUGUAUCAAGUCGGAGGCGGCUUUCAUGAGUUUCUCGAGGCUGUCGACAGCAGCUACUGUGACGAGGGUACUAAAGACGAUUGUGGCACAUUCACCCCCAGCAAUGUCAUUUCCUUUUCAUGGGGAGGGCUGGAAGACCCGAAAUCGGUACCCGAGGCCAAGCGUCAAUGCAACGAGUUUAUGAAGCUGGGCCUCCAAGGCACCACAGUCGUCUGGUCUUCUGGCGAUACCGGUGUCACCGGCGACGGCCAAUCAUGUCUCGGCGACAACCACCAAAUCUUCAGCGUUGACGACCCGGCCGGCUGCCCCUACUCCCUCUCCAUCGGCGCUACCAUCCUGCCAAAGGGCCGCAAGCCCGGCGACGCCGAGGCGGUGACCGAGUCCUUUUCGCCCGGCGGCGGCUUCAGCAACAUCUUCACGGCGCCCGACUACCAGAAGAGCGCCGUGGACGCCUACUUUGCCGAGCACGACCCGGGCUUCCCGACGUACAACGCCACCGACCUCGACAUUCCCCUCGGCGGCGACGGCGUCUACAACCGCAUCGGCCGCGGCUACCCGGACAUCUCGGCUGUCGGCGACUUUGGCGUCUACGCGUUCAACGGGCAGAUGGGCCUCAACGCCGGCACGUCCAUGUCGGCGCCCAUCAUCGCCGCGAUGCUGAACCGCAUCAACGAGGAGCGUCUGGCCGCGGGCAAGAAGCCCGUCGGCUUUGUCAACCCAGCGCUCUAUAAAAAGGCUGAGAUUUUCCGCGACGUCACCGAGGGACGCAUGCGAACGGAUGGCCCUUACGGCUGCCAGGGCAAGAGCUUCUCGGCGACGCCUGGCUGGGAUCCCGUCACGGGGCUGGGGACGCCCGACUACACUGCCCUGUCCGAGUACCUAAACAGCCUUCCGUAG